CACCAGAUAUGAGGCAACACUAGUUUACCAUUCAAACUUGUGGAAACAGAAGCGUGAAUUAUAAAGUUUAUUUUUCAGAUUUUACAAAUUUUCUUAUAAGGAAACUUAAUAAACAUGUAUAUUUUUAUGAAAUCCAUGAUAUUACUUUGUGUUAUAUUAUGUGCUUUACCUUGCGUUUAUAGCAUCAAAUGCUGGAAUUGUCGUUCAAAUAAUGAUCCUAAGUGUGCAGAUCCCUUCGACAACAGUACGGUACCAAUAACGGAUUGUAAACAAGAAAAAGGCCUUUCACAUUUACCGGAUGUCAGACCUAGUAUGUGCCGGAAAAUUAGACAAAAAGUAAAUGGUGAAUGGAGAUACUUCCGUGACUGCGCAUAUCUAGGUGAGGUCGGAAUCCAAGGUGAUGAGCGAUUCUGUCUCAUGAGGACUGGGACUUACAAUAUAUUUGUAGAAUACUGCACCUGCAACAGCAAAGACGGUUGUAAUUCCUCUUCUAUGCUUAGUCCAGUAUCGUUAUUGUUUACUCUACUUUCUUCCUUUUCUUUAAUGAAACUUGUGUUAUAAUCACUCAACUUUGGAAGUUUUAAGAGCAAUGCUCCAUCCUUACAUAAAAAUGUCUAUGAAUAAGGGGGUAUAUGUUUUUACUGACAGUCACAUAUGAACAUUUUAAUCAGAUGGUGUUAUUUUAUGUUUCACCACAGGUUAAAUGUCACCCAACAAAGCAAAAUCAUUAAAUAGAUAAUGACAUAAAUUGUUUAUAAAUAAGUAAAAUGUUUAUAGAAGUAUUGACCUCAGGUUCAAUUGAUUUAUAAAUGUCAUUGUUUCUCAUUCUGUUUGUUUUUUUAGGACUUUUACUAAGAAUUAAUUUGGCUGCUUAUUGAAUUUUGAUAAAAUUGUUUAUAAUAUUUAUUACUGCUGAACAUGAGUGAAAUUGUUGAUUAACAGUGAAAGACAUUUUAUAAAAAGAAAAAAGAAAAGAUGGUUAAAAAGCAAUACUUAUAAACACAUUGAAUUGAAUAAUAAUAUUAACUGGAAGUAGUAUUCUUGUACAUAAUAUGUUAAAUUUAGCCUCUUGCUUCCUCAAAAUCAUGUAAUACUAUAUACUACUGUAAUUUGUGUCGUAUUUGUGUAUGGUUUAUUUGGUUUUUGGCAUUAAUAAAAUUAAUAAUUAAAAACUGUUGUUUUUAAUUAUUAAUUUUAGUUGCAACUCUGCACUGAGAGAUGACACAAGUAAUGCACAAAAAAUAAUAUUUUUUUAUAAUAUGUCUGUAUAUAAAUUUAGAUACAAUUUGUGAAAUAAUAUUGAUCCCAUUUUUAAGAGUACAUUUUGAUAAUACUUUUUGCGCUAUAAUUGACCGACUGUCGUAAAUUUGUCAUCUACCCUAUUACUCUCUAGAGUAAUAAGUCUAAGUUAUUAUAUUACUGGAUGCUUCUCGAGGCUUUGCCUGCGUGGAAAGCCUUUCCCGAAUAAAAGUCAAUAAAACACUAACGAUUCAUAGCACCACCUGUACAACUGCGCUAUCUAUUUACAAUUGCGUUACAUUCCCUAGGGGUUAAAUUAUCGGGAUGAAAAUUAGCCUAUGUGUUAAUACAGGACAUUGCCUACCUUCAUGCUACAUUCCAUCGAAAUCCGUUCAGCUGUUUCUGUGUUUACUUCUAACAAACAUCUAAAUAUCUAAACAUUCAUUCAUUUAAUACCGUGAUUCAAGGCAGUGAAAACAGAUUGUGUUCAUUUUUAAUUUGUUUUUGUUUGGUCCGGGAUUCGGAGAGCGAUGCAAUCCGUCAGAAUAGCAUUAUAACCUUAUUAGAGGCAAUUUACGACAGGAAACCGGCCUAUGUUUGAUUUUGUUCAUUAUUCUAUAUGUAAUGGUUAAUAAUACGAAAAAGAAACACUUCUGCGAAAACUGCAUAAAAAUUGGUUAAAAAUUGAGCUAGUAAGUAAUUCAUAUUCCAAAAAUUGUAACGUUCAGAAGUGGGUGCGUUGUGGGGAUAUCGCUUCAUCUCUUUCUUUCGCACGUGUCGUAAUGCCCGAUGACGUCAAAUGUGGGUAUUUCGUCUCUUUUCUGUUUCUUGUUAAUUACUCCUUCCACUGAUAUUCAAAGACCGGUAUCCGGUAAAACUUGUUGAUUUUUUACCGGAUUUCAAUAAUUCCUUCUGUAUUAUAAUUUAUAUAACGUAAAUGUUUGAUAAUAGUAAAGAAAAAAAAAAUGAGUCCGGUACCCUAUUGAUAGGUAUAUCAUAGCAAACAAAGGUUCGCCUUGGUAGGUUUCUCUUGCCUGAGAUCGGCCCGCUUAAAAAAAUGUAGUUCAUAUUAUGAGUGACGUCCCUAUGUUUAUUACAUUUAGUUUAUUACAUCUCCUUGGAAUUUCCAUACCAUUUUCCAUAAACGAUAUCAAUCGCUGUUUCCGAUCUAUCUCAAAAAUGGACCAAUCAGAACAAGUUUUUUUGACAAGCUUACAAAUGAGUCAUUUUGAUUGGUUCAUUCUCGGUCUCGGAUUGAAGAUUGAGAUUGGGAUCGUUUAUUGCAAACGGCUGUUAAUGUAAUUAUAGUAAAACAAGUAGUCGUGUAAGACUGAAUUGUAUGCCGUCCAUUUUGUAAUUUUUUUACAAACAGAUUAUGUGUGUACGACAUGAAAUAAAUGUUUUUACAAUUA